AUGAUAGGUACGCUGGACGUGGAUAUUAGGCCAGGGUCGGGUCUCGGAUUCUUUGAACUGGGGUCGUCGUUGUGGAACGUGCUCGACCUGCUCCGGAGUCUGCCACAUGUAUUCCCUCAAGUAGACAUCAAGUACGACGUAGACUCUUCUGUGACAACACCCGUGGUCUUGCACAUCCGCCCGCACCUCGAUCUGUUAUUCUCUGGACACCACCAGCGCCUUCAUACCAUAUGCGCGCGGCGGCUCCGAGAUCCGCAUCCUCCGCUUAUUGUGCGAUACAAAGACACUGUCCUAUCUUCCGCAGAGGAAGUCCUUAGGCGGGUAGGAGUGAGUCGCACGUUCGGCCCUACGUAUCCCGGCGAUGAUCUACGUUAUCCCGGAGUUUGGUUCUCUUUUGACGAGGAUCGGAUAGGGGAGGGUAUCAAGGCUCCGAAUCCACGACACACUGAGGACAGGAUGCAAGAGGUCAAGCGAGUGAUAGUUUCCCAGAAGGGUCCUGAAGGUGAAGAGAGGGAUGCUCUGGAUGAAGUGCUGAAUUGCCCGGUUAUGCAUGAUGACAUUGCUAGAGCAAUUGUCAAGGUUCAUACAGGCGUAACACUGUAUCAACAUCUACCUCGCGCGGAGCCCUUACACAUAAGACUGGGUAGUACUUCCGCGCAAGAUCUAGUCUGCGAUCUCGGACCACCUCUAAGGACACACUACAAGGAAGAUGAUAGGAUGUCGAUACAUUCUACUACCAAAGACAACGAAGAAGAAGAAGACGGCGAUUAUUUCUACAAUUACUUCCAGCAUGGGAUCGAUGUUUUGAUCUCCGGGAGUACACAUACGUGCAAGAAGAUAAUUCUUCAUACCAACAUACCGGGGACACCGUUGUUUCAGCGUUACAAGCGGUGCCUAUGGGAAAUAGAAGGUCGACCAGAGGACGACGAAGAUGACAGCCCCCCGCGCAUGAAGUUCUACGACCGAUUCGAGUCAAUCAACCACUUUCUGAGUCCUCGCGAGACGCCCCCUUCGAUGGUUCUCGACCGGACAGACGAUGACGACGAUCUGACUCUACCAAAUCCUACGACUCGUUUGAUGGGAUACGAUGGGAUAGUCCUCGAAGUGACCGAAUCUGGUCAUGUUGUCACUGUCAAUCUGUUUUGA